AUGGCGCCGACCGUUGAAGCUAUAGACAAAAUGACGCAACUGAAACGAAAGCGGAAAGCCGUGCGAAGUAAUGUUUCUUGCUUUUCUACUGAAAUUGAUUCUUUGAACGAUGAUUUCUCAAUUGAGAAAGUUGAAUUUAUUUGUAAUCGCUUAACAACUGCUUUAAAUGAUAUGAAACUAAUAGAUAACGAAAUUCACAACUUCUUUUCUGACGAUGAAUAUAAAAGUGUUAAUUUGCAGUGUGAAAACUACAUAGAUACUGGUGAAUCCGCGAUUUUCAAAGCACGAAAAAUUAUUCAAAAUAAAUUAUCGCCAACUCCAAAUAAUGUUACUGCUUCGAAUAUGGAUACCAAUGAUUUAGCGAUGACAAUUGGCGACCCUCCUACUACAGUGCCUAUGACUGAACCAUAUACAUUUAAAUCGCCAACAAUUAAAUUACAGUCAUUUACAGGAGAAAUUGAACAGUGGCAAUGUUUUUGGGAACAAGGUUAUUUAGAUGGUGAAGCUAAACGCCUUGUUGAUGGAAUUAGUGUAAUAGGAGGCACCUAUGAAACAACAAAAAAAUUGUUAGAGGAAAGAUAUGGAAAUAAAGAUCGAAUUAUCCAAUCACACUUAGAUUACUUAGAACAUUUAAAUGUUAUUCAAGACCCAUCUCCUACGCAUCUAAAUGAUCUUUACAUAGAAUGUAACAGAAGAAUUCAAGCUUUAACUGCUCUGGGUGAAAAUAUUGAAGCAUACGGUAGAAUCCUAGUGCCAAAAAUUAUUCGUGCAUUCCCCAAUGAUAUUUGUUGCCGCUGGAUUAUCUAUGCCAAGCGUGAAAAACUAAACGAAGGUAAUAUUACUAGAUUGAUGCAGUUCUUGGCAGAAGAAGUGGAAGGUGUAGUUGCAGCACAAAGAGUUAAAGGACAUUGGCCUCAAUAUUGUGAAACUGUUACAGACUAUGAUACUCGUGUUCAGAAACUUAAAACUUCAAAUCGCUGCUUUCUGUGUACUAACCGUGGUCAUAGAGUUUCAAACUGCCCAAGAAAAAAUACUGCACGGUGCACUAAAUGCAAGAAAAGGCAUCAUGUUUCUAUUUGUCCUCCUGUUGAAAACAAUCAACUGCGGAUAACUAACAGUGCUGUAAAUCACAUAACCUUUCCUAAAACAAUUUUCACACAUUUGCAAACUGCUCGUGUGUAUGUUACUGGCCCCACAGGCAUUACUAAAUUAACACGCUGCAUUUUAGAUGGUGGUAGCCAAGCAAGUUUUGUUCACACAAACCUCAUUGAAAACCUUAAGCUUAAAGUUGUCAGUUCUGCCUCACUUUCAGUUCAAGCAUUUGAAUCUUUUACUUCACAAGAACAACGUAGAUGUGUUCAACUGUCACUUUCAAGUUUGUGGAGCAACCAAGCAAUUUUGAUCUCCGCAUUUGAAAGCUCCAAUUCCUAUACUACACAUCCUACUGCUCCACCAGAAAUAGUUCACUUUGCUCAGAAGAAAAGAUUGAGAAUUGCUGAUCCUCCGGAUGACUCUUCACUGCCCAUAGAAAUACUUAUUGGUGGUGAUCAUUAUUGGCAAAUUGUUUUCCGCAGAAGCUCCAAUCAAGCUUUCAGAAUCUUUUGUUAUGGUACCGUCAGUGUUUGGAUGGGUUCUUAG